AUGGAACAGAAAAAUAUAUGCGUAUUGACAACAUUAUUAUUACACAGUGUAGGAACACCAGUGACAGAAGAGAACAUUAGAAAAGUAGGAGAGCACCUAGGAGUAAAAGUAGACUCCUACCUGGCUGAGCUGUUCAGCAAGAUGACCAGCGAGCAGAUCCAGUCCAUUAUUGAGAAUCCAACUGGAGGAUCAGUACAGGCAAGUGCCUCCGCAACUACCCAGGCAGUAGAAGAGAAGAAGGAAGAAGUAGAAGAGUCUGAAGAAGAAAGCUCCGGAGACAUGGACUUAUUCGGUUAG